AUGGCACAGCCGCUGGCCAUUACAGCAGCCGACACCGAAUUUUGCGAGGCGACACCAGAACAGCGAGAGCUGGCAUGGAAGCUCAACGGCGUUGCUUGGGCCCGACCCGUGUCCAUUGAAACCUACGUUGCCCGGGAAAUCCACCUUUCGGAACAGGAGCUUACCAAGGAUGGGAAUUGCAAGUACUGGGUGCUGUACCUGAAGGGAUAUCCACGGCAGAUCAUCGCAAGUUGCGAAACCACCAGGAAAGAGGUCUUGAUCUCAGAAAACGGCGUUUCGCGGGGUGGCUACGGCUACGGCAUUGCCAGUGUGUACACCAACCCAGACUACCGCCGCCAGGGCAUGGCUGCAACCCUGCUCCGCCACGUGCAAGAGGCUAUGGAUCGUGACAGCGAUCUCAGCGUCUUGUACAGCGACAUUGGCCGGCAGUACUAUUCGAACCUGGGCUGGCAUGUAUUCCCCAGCGAGGAAGUCACUCUUACCUACAUUCCGCCUACCUCGACUAGUAGCAACGAGACACCUGCCCUCCAACACACGCAGCCCGAGAGCAUACGGUACUUGCGCAUCGAGGAACUGCGCAAUCUUUGUGACGUGGAUAAGCGUCACCUCUGCGCUCGCUUCAGUCAAAUUCCGGCCGACGGAGCAAGUCAUGUCGCAUUCAUGCCCAGCUUCGCUCAGAUGUCGUGGCAGAUAGCGCGGGCUGAGUUCGUCGCUGGAAAGCUGUUGAACGGAAAGUCGCCAGAGAACCGUGGAGCCAUUACUAGCAGCGGCCGGGCUUGGAUCUACUGGGACCACGACUGGAAGUCAAAGAAGCUGAAGGUUCUAAAGGUUGUCACAGUGAUGGAGUCGUCACCGCAACAGCGCAUCAAUGACAUCAGGGUCCUUGUGGAAGCCGCACUGGUCGAGGCGACUACGUGGGGGUCUGGGGACCGUGUUGUUGUGGAACCCAGAUGA